CAGUGAACAACAAAACAUCAUGAAAAGCGGCAUGUAGAGAGCACAAGGCAUGAGUUGGAAAACAUCCAAUCUCGAUCAAAAAUGGCGGAUUUAGGUUGUGGCCAGUUUUUACUUUGAUAGCUCAAAGUCUUAACUUCAAUGGUUUCUAGUGAUAAGUGAAUCAUACACUCAUCGAAUUAAUAAAUUGAUCAUCAGAAUUAUUUUGUUAGUCAAAAUUAAUUUAAAUUAAAAAUGUUAGGUCAUCCACCUGCAUGUGUUAUAGAUGUGGGAACAGGGUAUACGAAAUUGGGGUUUGCUGCAAAUAGAGAACCUCAACUGGUCAUUCCUUCUGCCAUAGCAAUAAAAGAAACUGCAAAGGUUGGAGAUAAUAGUGCUCGAAGAGUAACUAAGGGUGUUGAAGAUCUAGAUUUUUAUAUUGGAUAUGAAGCAUUUAAUUCACCAGGAUAUUCUGUGAAGUAUCCAGUUAGACAUGGUUUAGUAGAAGACUGGGAUUUGAUGGAAAGAUUUCUACAGCAAUGUAUUUUUAAAUAUUUAAGAGCGGAGCCUGAAGAUCAUUACUUUCUAUUAACUGAGCCACCACUAAAUACUCCUGAAAAUAGAGAAUACAUGGCUGAAAUUAUGUUUGAAUCUUUCAACGUUCCUGGGCUUUAUAUAGCUGUUCAAGCUGUCUUAGCAUUAGCAGCAUCUUGGACUGCAAAAUCUGUCGAAGACAGAUCAUUAACCGGCAUUGUAGUAGACAGUGGAGAUGGUGUAACUCAUGUAAUACCUGUUGCAUCAGGUUUCGUCAUUGGAAGUUGUAUAAAACAUAUACCGAUUGCUGGAAGAGAUAUUACUUACUUUAUUCAGAGUUUAUUGAGAGAACGAGAAAUCGGAAUACCACCAGAACAAUCAUUAGAAACUGCAAAAGCAAUUAAAGAGAAGCACUGUUACAUUUGUCCAGAUAUUGCCAAAGAAUUCGCCAAGUAUGAUAGUGAUCCAAGUAAAUUUAAAAAGUAUACGGGUAUCAAUAGUAUAACACAACAACCAUUCAUGGUUGAUGUUGGUUAUGAGCGAUUUUUAGGCCCUGAAAUAUUCUUUCAUCCUGAAUUUGCAAAUCCAGAUUUUACUACACCUCUAGGUGAAAUAGUUGAUGAUGUUAUCCAGAAUUGUCCUAUAGAUGUAAGACGGCCAUUAUAUAAAAAUAUUGUACUCUCUGGUGGUUCUACCAUGUUCAAAGAUUUCGGUAGAAGAUUGCAGAGAGAUGUUAAAAAAAUGGUUGAUGCGAGAUUAAAACUUAGCGAAGAACUUAGUGGAGGUCAUAUAACGCCAACAGCAAUUGAUGUUCGUGUAAUAACUCAUCACAAACAACGUUGUGCAGUGUGGUUUGGUGGUGCACUUUUGGCAAGUGGUCCAGAAUUUUAUCAAGUGUGUCAUACAAAAAAAGAUUAUCAGGAAUAUGGUCCAGGUAUUUGUCGUUACAAUCCUGUAUUUCGAAGUGUUGUAUAAAUACUAUUUGAAUUUAUGUAAAGUUUAAACAGCUUUUAAAACUAAAGUAUUUGGGUAUAAUUUCUAAAUAAGAAUAUACUCAGUUAUUAUUGUAAAAUUAAUUUUUUUUUUUAUAAUUCAAACAUUUCAAUUUUUUCUAGAUGACAAAUAAAUAUGAUUAUCGAAUAACUAUAACUUUUUUGUACA